AUGGCCGAAUUUUUGGCCAAGGGGCAGUUCAGAGGGCAAUACAUAUACAAGUGUCAUCUAGAGUACGGUCCUGUUAUACUGAUAUGGUUUUAUUUCAUUUCGGUCGUGCACAUCUGUGACUCAUGCACGUCGUCAGCUGUUUGUCAGUAUUUGACUGAUUCGUCUUCUCUUAAAGCACGGUGGGUGUACGCUUUAGUACGGUCCGUGUGUGGUGAACGUUUCUUGGGUACAAUCUUGGCCACUUCUACUGACCACAAGGCGUGGGAAAGACGUCAUCAGACUAUUAGUCCGGGACUUCAUGAAUGGUUUGAAGAAUCGGGUUGGAACGGACAGAAUGGUGCCAGUGUUCCAAUGGCGAAAAUGUUUCCAGCUUUUAAUCUGGAAGUGAUAGGGCCUGUAGCACUUGAUGAACAUUUGGAUUCGAUUGGUAACAAAGAUCAUGUUCUGAGAGCAAGUUUAGUGAAGGUGACUGAUGCCAUUUUUCGGAUCAUGAAGCAUCAUGUCACGUGUCUAUUUGACUGGUCAUUUCUAAAAACAACAAGAAGUCACUGCAAGAGACCGAGAAAAGUUGGCGCCGAAAUAAUCAAGAAGAGGAUUGAUUUGAACUCUAGUCAGGAAGCUAACAAAAGGAAUAACAUUCUUGAUUUUAUUAUUUCUGCAGCUCGAGAUGAUAAAUCACUGUCUAUAGAUGAUCUGAUUGAUGAAUUUCUUACUACAUUUGUCUUUGCUGGCCAUGACACCACAGCAAUUGCUUUCUCGUUUGGAAAAUGUUUUACAACAUCCCGAUAUUGA